AUGCCUCCCUCGGUCGCCUCCGCCGCCUCCGUAGCCCAGUCCUUCCCCGACAGCCAACCGAGAAAACGUCGUCGUUCCAAGGAACCGGAUUGGAAGAGUUUCUAUAAAAACGGCUUGCCUAAAGAAGUUAUUGUCAUACAUGACACCCCCGAGCCGGAGGAACAGAAAUAUUCGGUCGCUACUGUGGCACGAACAUACGCGAAUGGUGUUGGGAAUAACGCUACCCCCCGUCAUACAGCCAAGAGACGAAGAAAGGACGAUGUUAUUCAAAAUGAUGACUUGUACGAACCAAGUGUAAAUGGUUCUUACCAACAAACCUCUACUAGUGGUUCUACUUCCACCGAUCGCACGACGUCGGCCCAUAACACUACAGCUGCUACCUCGCUCGGGUCUUUGUCCUCGAAUAGUCAAUAUGACUACGAGACUCAUAAUACUGGUCAGAAGAGGAAGAGGACUAGGCAACAGAUUGCCCAAGAAGCGAAGAGAAGGGAAGUCGAAGUUCUCGGUGAUGCUUUCGUCACAUACCGCCCUCCUCAGAAGCCUGUCAAGAAAGCUGGUGAUGUGACUGUUAGGGUCGUUAAUGAUCGUUCGCACCAAAGCGGUACUAGAGUCGACGACGAUGACGGUCAUUACAUUGUUGUCCCAGAUGCUGACCUCACAUCACAAUAUCAAAUGGUAAAACUGUUAGGGCAAGGUACUUUCGGCAAAGUUGUUCAGGCUCGCGACCGGAGACGAAACAAGCUGGUUGCAAUCAAAAUCAUCCGAGCUGUACAGAAAUAUCGGGACGCUUCCAGAAUUGAGCUACGUGUACUUCAAACCUUGAAGGCCAACGACGAGGAGAAUCGAAACCGAUGUAUUCACCUUCGAGACUGUUUCGACUACCGGGGGCACAUCUGUAUAGUAAUGGACCUACUUGGCUCGAGUGUAUUCGACUUCCUCAAAAGCAAUAACUUUGUUCCCUUCCCCAACAGCCAGAUUCAGAGCUUUGCUCGACAACUAUUCACAAGCGUCGCUUUUCUCCACGAUCUAAACCUCAUCCACACUGAUUUGAAGCCGGAGAAUAUCCUCCUCUGUGAUAGCGCCUAUCAGACGUUCACUUACAAUCGUAGGAUACCUUCCUCGUCAGCUGGUGUGAGCCGACAAGCUACUCAGCGCAAGGUACUCCUUGACACUGAGAUUCGGCUCAUCGAUUUUGGAUCCGCAACGUUCCAGGAUGAGUAUCAUUCAUCUGUUGUUUCGACCAGGCACUACCGCGCACCCGAGAUUAUACUUGGGUUAGGGUGGUCUUUCCCCUGCGAUAUAUGGAGCAUUGGGUGUAUAUUGGUGGAAUUUUUUACUGGCGAUGCUCUCUUUCAGACGCACGAUAAUCUCGAGCACUUGGCCAUGAUGGAGAAUGUUUGUGAUAGUCGCAUAGACAGUCACCUCGUACAAGCUGUCAAUAAGAUGGCUACACGAAGCACGGGCAACGCCGCAUCAAAAUAUUUCAAGCGAUUAAGAUUGGACUAUCCUACUGCAGAAACUACGCGAGCGUCUAGGCGCUUCGUGAAGAAUAUGAAACGGUUAAGUGAUAUCAUACCGGCCUCUAGUCCAUUUCUCAGAUCCUUCUUGGAUCUUCUGCAGAAGAUUUUCGUCUAUGACCCGGCGAAACGAAUCACAGCUCGGCAAGCUCUUGAGCACGAGUGGUUCCGAGAGCCAGCCAUCCCAGAUGAUGGUACUGAGGCGGCGAAGAUUAGGUUAGAGCGUAUGAGGGAGCACGAGUACCACCCGGCUCGAGGUCCGGCUGCGGGCUAA